AUGGACCUAAUCCCGAAAGCAUCGUCAAAAGAGGUAUCGACGUGGGCAGAGCAGACGCUCCCAGGACAGGUUUCAGAACCGGUUCUGAGAGCGCCACCAAGAUCAGUGUCGCAACAACCGGCGGCGAUGGAGGCACCGGGGGCUACUUCGAGUUCAUCCCCCACGCUCGGGACGAUGUUCAAGCACGGGAUAUUGGUUCGUGCAACAACAAAUUUCUCUUGCCUCUCUGUCGUCUGCGUCAGGUUUGCCAAAGCCGCUACCUGGUGCAAGAACUGCGGCCCGGUCCGAGAGAAGGACCUCUCCUUCGGUCGGUGUUGGGGGAGGUGCGAUGUGUCUUCGAACUGGGAAGUGCGCUGGGAGGGCUCGGCCAACAUCGAUGACGGCACCGCACAGGCUUUGGUGCUUCUCGAUGGUGAGGACGUGGUGAAGCUACUCAAGAUAUCCACAAUCGCCAGGAACGGCAUCGAGGAGGCCGCCCGGCGGCACGGCCCAGUGAGCUUCUCAGGUCAGUCUGGUGGCCACAGCAACAGCGCUUUGGCUUCCGCCGUAGGGCCGGCACCGCCCCCCGCCCUCGCGCAAGCACGGGCGGCUCUGGCGGCGGCGGCGGGGAGGGCAAGCUGCUCCUCGAGAGCGGGACACGUGUCCGCGAGCUGCGUGCAGACGUUUCCCCGCGGGGGCGGCAGCAGAGGAGGAGGGUAUGGGUCGGCCGUGGUGGACGUGAUGGGUGAGGGGAUGGAGACCCUUACCUUGCCGAAGCUGGUGCUGCAGGGCUCUGGGCUGGAGGUAGUCGACGCCAGGGGCGAGGCGUACGCAGUGUUGGCCAGGCUAGGAGAGCUUUGA